AUGUCAUGGAUCGCGACUGCCUCGACAACAAAUGAACUUCCACGAUCAUGCACGUACAUGCUUGAUACAAAAAUCCCUCAUUCGUUGCAGCUUGUGGAAUCAGUCAUGGCACCUAUUCGACGUUAUCUGAGAAUCACAAAGCACUCCGUCUUGGAGGUGCGCAUCUAUCUCGAUCGGCCGGCUGACGCCGAAGCAUGGCUUCUGAGACGCGAGAAUCCAGCCCUUCCACGCGUCAUACAAGCCGUUAGACCCUUGGUGCUCCCUAAAUUGCGAGAAGAGAAUGAGCGUUUCAAGACCAAGAGCAAAGGCAAAGCAAAAAAGAAGGGGGUGAAGGAUAUGGUUGCCGAGGAUGAUUUUGAAGUCUCUAUUUUUCUCACUGAAUUGUCAUCUCGACAUUCUCUGAUGAUCAAACAGAAAGUCUUCAAGGAAAAGCCGUCUAUCCAGAGCAAUUCGGGCAAAUUGACUGGGUGGCUUACCUCUGGAAGUAGCGAGCAGCCGGUGAUGGUCGAUGAAAACACCACAGAAUCAAUCACUAUCAGAGAGGAAGAAGAUGAUGGAAUAGUCAAACUCGCUGAUAUACCUGAGAAGGACGAUUCAGCAGAGCAGGGUUCUGGAUCAGAGAAGCGAAAACGCAGAAGAGGAGACAAUCGCGAAAAUCCAAUCACUGAAAUUGAAGACUCGGAUGAUUCUUUCCAGUUGGAAGUGGCACCAUCCAAAAAACGGAGCAAAAGUGCCAAUCGCGAGGUAGAUCAGGAGCUGAAUGAUGGGGAGAGUGAAGGAGAUGGCGAGAAGAAAAAAUUGGCGCUCAACACUUCGUAUGAGGGGUUCUCGAUUUACGGUCGAGUACUAUGUUUAGUUGUCAAGCGAAAGAACAGACAACAACAGAAGAGUACUGGCAAUCGCCCCGCAUCUAGCGAGCAAAUGAUGGAAAAUUGGGUAUCGACACAAGCUGCAAUUGACCACGAAGAAGAGAUCGAUGAUGACGAAGACAAUGGAUAG